AUGGUACCAACAGGUACUAAUAAUUUACGGAAAUGGAAUAAAAGCCAAUUGCAAUUCUGUUGUACACACAAUGUGAAUUUGUUUAUCUCUAUCUCUGUGCUAUUGUCGCAUCUAUUGAGCAUAAAUGAUGAUGACAAUGAUGAUAAUGAUGGUGAUGAUGAUGACAAUGAUGAUGAUGAUGAUGAUGAUGAUGAUGGUUGUGAUGAUGAUGAUGAUGAUGAAUUGAAGGAUAGGAGACAUUUUGAAGAGAGGCGAACAAAUAAUGGACAUAGAAGAGAGCCAGAAGGUGGACUAACCAUAGCGGCAUUAGACAAAAUGUGA